AGAGGGAAGCGGAAGGAAAUGAACGCGAUACUCGGAGUGAUUAGUUGGGCGGUUCUGGCGACGGCCGCGAAUGACAUCAGCGAACAAUGUCAAAUUCACGAGGAGACGACGAUCGAGUGUCGAUGCAUCGGAAACGAGGAGUUCUUCUUGCCGGAGGGCUACAACUACGAAAACGUGACCAGCCUGCGAAUCGAGUGUUGCAGCUUCGCGAAUCUUUACUUCUCCAGUUUGACCGAGGCUAACCGAAUCGCGGAGAUCGUCGUGCAGAAUAUCAGCGAGCGAUUGAUAUUCGAGUUGUUUUUGACUUCGAAGAAAAUGAAGCGAGUGAAGUUGUCCAAGAUUCGGCGAGUACCGUUGAUCUCUCGCGACACCUUUGUGAACCUGAACAGCAUAGAGACCCUUCGGAUCGAGGACACGAGUAUCGACAAGUUCGAGGAACGAUUCACCGACCUGGCGAUCGGUAACCUUUCGAUGAUAAACGUGACGAUCGGCCACGUCGACGAGCUGAAUCUCUCGCAGAAGGGCGGGAACUUGCGCAUAGAGAACACCGAGUUUCGAAACGUAGCGGGUUCCUUGAAUUUCGCGCACUUCUCGACAGUCGAGAUCGUUCGGUCGGCGUUCCGCCUGGGAAAACCCGGUUACGUGUUGAUCGAAGGCGAUUUCGUUUUCCUGGAAGAUUGCGUGUUCUCGAACGCGAGCGCGAACCUCGUCGCGACGAGCGGCAUCGAGAUCAACGGCACCUGCGCCGACGGCAAAAGCUCGAUGAGACUCUCGUCGAGCCGAAUCGAGAGCGCGAACAAUCGACUGCCGACCGAGAUCGUUUACACUGGGAACAAAGGAAGCUUGGAAGGUGUUCGUAUUCGCAACAACACCGUGUGCAUCGCUGGAAACUGCAAGUGCGCGAAAAGCGCCGCCUCUUGCAUCGUCUCCAUUUCCCGUUUCCUUUCGUCGAUUCUUCUUCUCCUCUCGACGCGUACUUUCUGUCGUUAGUGAUUUCCGAACAGAAAGCUAAAGUAACGAGGAAACACUUUGAACAUUGUUCUCCGAUCCUACUUUACGCGUUGUCGUUCUCUUAGUUUUAACCGCGUAUCUCUUCCUUCCCGAAUUUGUAAGCCUUACCUUUUAUACGAUCGAGCCAUUCGAUUUGUAAAGUCGAACACCGCAUCGUCGACGAUCAAACGUAAUAAAUACUCGUUACAAACGU